AUGCGGGUGACCAGGGAGAGGGGGGUGUAUACCUAUGAUUUUCUGACCCGAGCUCCGCGGGCGGCCGUUGAGUUUGAGUUACUACUACUGUGCUUUAAUAGUAGGGGGAUUUCGCAAUCAAGAAUUUGGGAUCGCUAUCGUGGUGACAAUAAGCAGAUGGGAAAAAGUGGGAUUUCGCUGAUAAGGUGAAAAGUUGGGAUAAAAGUUUGUCAGCUAGUGUGGUUUGUUAGUGCCUGGGCACAUGUAAUAGAAAAAGAUGAUGAAUAUUGAAUCAAACCAACUGCAUCAAACAAG